AUGCUGUACGCGCGACGCAAGAAGCAGCAGCAGCUGACAGGCAAGAUCGGGCACAGCAACGAGGAGUAUGAGAUUGGGGGCGCGCAGGCUGUGGUCGCGCAGCAUGUCCACGGCGGGGCACGACGGUUUCCGCAGCGACGGCCCGACGUGAACCCCAUUUCGUGGCAGUCGGUGCAGCAGCAGCAGCAGCAGCGACAGAGGGAGCAAAGCCCGCAGAAGUAUCAAGAGGCACUGCAGCAAAGAGAGCAGUGGCUUGCGCCGCAUAUGGUCCCCGCUGCACCACCUGCGAAACUGCCGCCACUGCAAGGCAAGGCCAACUAUAACAGGAACGACAUCUUUCCACAGCCAAUCCAGUUUGCCUCUGCACUUCCUCCGCUCAACGCGUCGCCCGUUUUGCCGGGUCCGCUGGUCUUGGAAAGGUCCCCACUGCGGUUUCCCGCGCUUGACGCGGCGGCUCUCGCUAAUGCGCCGCCGUUUGUGCCAUAUCCCUCCACCGCGGUGCCCUGCAGCGAGCAGGCUCCUUUUUCACCACAAACUCCGCCACGACUCGCGGUGUCUCCACCACUGCUGCAAGGGCCCCCGUCGCAUGCCGUCUCGCCACAGCGCGACUACCGGGGCGAUUUCAAUAGCAAUCCUGCCGUUCAAAUACGCAGCAGCAGCAGCAACAACAACGACGACGAACAGAGGUCAUGCCAGCGGCUGGCGCGUCACCCCGUUUCCCCGUAUCCGCAGGAGAAGGAUGACGCACUGGUGGCGCGCAGGCGGGCGAGAGAGCAAGCCAUAGAGGUUCAAAAGGAAAACGCACGUCUGUGUGAGGAGCGGCGUCUUCAGCGGGAGCGGGAGAAGAGGUUAGAAAUGGAGGAGCAGCGGCAGCAGGAGGAGCUGGCGCGACUAGAGCGGGCGCGGAUUGGUUUAAAGGAGCAGUUGGACAUGGAACGCGAGCGGCAGGAGGCGAACGAGGCGAAGAAGGGGCGGAAAAAAAGCACUUUGGUGGAGAAUAGCAGCGAGGCGCAGUUUCGGGAGGAUCUUCAGCGACAAAUGUAUGAAAAUAAGAAGCGCAAGGCCGAGGAGGCUGAGCGUCUUGCGGCAGCCGAGGGAAAAGACGCCGAGCAGAGUUUCUCUGCAGCGCAGCCUGUGGUCAGCAGCAGUGAGACAAACCCGGCCGCCGCCGCCCCCUCGGAGAAGAAAGAGUCGGUGUUGCCUGCCGGGAAUUCUGUACCGCAGUCUCCACCGGUUACGGAGCCGCCAGCGAGUAGUGGGGCCGCUGGCAGUGUCUUUGCUCCCCUCUUUCCAGCCCCUCCGCUUUUUUCACUCGGUCCCUUGCCGUUUGAUGUUGGGCCGUACGAGCCUGCGGUGCCCGGGUUCCCUGCAUUGGCGCCAACGCUUCCGUUUCCCUCCGCCGCGCCAACAGCGCCGCCGGCAGUGGAUGCCGCGGCCGCGGCUCUCCCCUCACAGGCGCCCGCACCUGCGUGGUCGGUGCCGGCCCCCUUCACGCCAAAAGAACCGGGCUCCGCGCAUGGUGCCGCGCACUAUGAAGCCAAGCUACGCGACAUGAUGGCCAACCACCUGGAUAUUCAGCGCACCCUAGAAUCAGAGACGCGCCGGGGUCACGGUGCCGCGGCACUGCCGCCGUUAGCGCAAUUGCCUUCUCCGCUCCUUCAGCGGCAGCUCGGGCCGCUUAACGCAUUGCCGGCGCAGAAUCGCCAGAUGGCGGCUGGGCCGGGCGUUGUUGGCGACGGCAACGGAACGGCUCCUGGCGGGUUGACCCUUGGGCCCGAGGUGGCUCCGACGGCGGCGCCAGGACUUGGGAGAAAUCCGCGUGGACCGGCGCCCCGCAUUACGGUGCUGGGCGUGAGUCCGCCUAGUCGUCAGUUGGGGGUGGGAGGAAGCGGGGCGGCGGCGGCUCCGUACUAUGGCGGGGAGGACCUCGAUGAGCUCUCCGCGGAACCCUCGCGGUUUGUCGGUGGCCGCGGUGAGCGGGGUGUCGAGGUUUCUCCACGUGAAGGAAAAAGGUAA